AAAUGGAUUUGGAGACGGCUAUUGCCGUUUCCGCUUUUCUGCUUUCAAGGCAUAAAGGUUAUGGUUGCGCUUUCAUCGCAUUACGUUAUGCUUAUGUGUCGAAUAGCCUAUGCAAUAUGCAUCUUUCCGCACCGUCUGUCCGUGGAGCGUAACAUAAGCAUACCCCACUGCAAAUACUGAGGUAGUGAGCUCCAUUUCCGUGCAAAAAUGAACGUCGUCGACGACUCAAGUGAGUUGGCUGAACCGAUGAACGGUCCAGCCGAUGAACUCAAACGUAUGGAGUGCAAAGCUUUCGCUGGUGAGGGCACCCAGCACGCCAUGAAUGGUAUGACAGGGGACGUUUUCCCCGACCACAUCUCACGGAGCCUGAAUGAACAUUCGGACGGUGAAGAAAGCCCACAAAAGCAAGACGACAGCGUACUGAACAAUUUCAAGGCUCGGAAAUUUCGCGCGAUAUCUCGUUCCCUCGAAAACGGUCGGACGCGCGAGCUGAAAUCUAUCGCGAUCAACGAGCUCGGUUUGGUGAGUGAUGGUGUGCGACGUCUCGUCUGGCCAAAAAUUGGCGGCGUUAACGUGUACGAAACGUCUCCGAGACCAGCCUUGGAAGAUAUCGAGAACCACCCUUACUACCAGCAAGUUGUCCUCGACGUGAAGCGUUCGCUCAGACGCUUUCCACCGAGUGUGGCCGAGGCGCAACGCAUUGCCCUGCAAGACAAGCUCGUUUUCAUGAUCAUGCGUGUCUUGAUGAAGAAUCCCGAGCUCCAUUACUACCAAGGCUACCACGACAUUUGUGUCACGAUACUCUUGGUCCUCGGCGAGGAAGUCGGAUUCCUUCUCGUCGAAAAACUUUCCAGGACAAAUUUGAGCGUGUUCAUGGAAAAGACGAUGGCACACACUGCUGAACUGCUCGAGCACGUAUACCAGAUUUUUGAGCACGAAAAUCCGAAGCUGAAAUCAUUCCUCGAAGCUGCCGGCGUCGGUAUCAUGUUCUGUCUGAGCUGGGUGAUCACUUGGUUUGGGCACGUCCUGAGCGAUUACGACACAGUGGUGAGACUGUUUGAUUUGUUUCUUGCCAGUCACAGCUGGAUGCCCAUCUAUUUAUCUGCGGCAAUCGUCAUGCACAAGCAGGAAGAGAUCCUAGCCCUGGAUUGCGAUCUGGCACCAGUGCACUCCUACUUGUCCAGAGUUGUUGAGGAAGAGCUCCCGUUCGAAGACCUCAUAAUCAGAGCUGGUGAAUUGAUGGCAAAACACCCGCCAGCGAAAAUCAGACAAGAACGUGCACUGAGAAUGGAGGAAUUAAGGAAGAAGAAUGUUUUGGAAAGGGAAAACAAGCUCCGCAAGUGCUUCCGAUACGUCGGUGCAUUAUACAGGGGACGGCUGGGUCCGUACUUUGUGGCCGCCACGGCUAUCGCGCUGCUAGCUGUCGUAUUUCAGGUCUACAGAAGACACACGGGUCAUAUAGCGGCGAUUGAAUGGUGGUAAAUGUCGCUUCUCAGUACUAGAUUAAAGGAACAUGAGUUGCCAGCAUAUAAA